AUGACUGAUCAUGCUGAUCCUCUCAUCAAUUCUGAUCAUGGUCGAGACAAGCUUGAGAGGAUGUCUGGAGUGACAAGGCUGGUUGAUGAUCUCUGGGAAGUCAAUGCAUUCCUCAUGUGCCCAAAAGUCGCAGCUUGUACAGUAAUAGCCGAAGCCAUCUUCGUUACCGCAUCCGUCGCAACUACUUGGUGGGGGUUGUGCCUGAAAAUUCAUAAUAAGUGUAGACUUCUUCCAGAUCUUGGUAAUCUAGUUCAUGAUUGCAGGGAAGGCUCACUCUAUGCUUUUGUUGGUCCAUCUGACCGGAAGAACCGAAAUAUUGAAAUAUCAAAUGGCAAAAGUUUCUAG